UGGAUGGCUUCUACGGUGAGCCUGGGCAAAGAAUCGUUGUUGGAAGAUGGAAUGCCACCUGCAAAAAAGCCCAGGAAGCUGUUGCCAAGCCUCAAAACCAAGAAGCCUCGGGAACUCGUUUUGGUGAUUGGGACAGGGAUUAGUGCUGCAGUUGCUCCCCAGGUCCCAGCACUGAAGUCUUGGAAGGGGCUGAUCCAGGCCCUCCUGGAUGCUGCUAUUGACUUUGACCUGCUGGAAGAUGAAGAGAGCAAACGGUUCCAGAAGUGUCUCCAUGAAGACAAGAACUUGGUUCACGUUGCCCAUGACCUUAUCCAGAAGCUGUCCCCGCGCACAAGCAACGUUCGCUCAACCUUUUUCAAAGACUGUUUAUACGAGGUGUUUGACGACCUGGAAUCAAAAAUGGAAGAUUCUGGGAAGCAGCUGCUCCAGUCUGUGCUUCACCUGAUGGAAAAUGGGGCCCUUGUACUCACCACAAACUUUGACAACCUGCUGGAGCUGUACGCAGCACACCAGGGGAAGCACCUCGAGUCGCUUGACCUGACUGAUGAAAAGAAGGUGCUGGAGUGGGCGCAGGAGAAGAGGAAGCUCAGUGUCCUGCACAUCCACGGCGUCUACACCAACCCCAGCGGCAUCGUGCUGCACCCAGCAGGGUACCAGAACGUGCUGCGCAACACCGAGGUCAUGCGAGAGAUUCAGAAGCUCUAUGAGAAUAAGUCCUUCCUCUUCUUGGGCUGUGGUUGGACUGUUGAUGACACCACGUUUCAGGCCCUGUUUCUAGAGGCUGUCAAGCACAAGUCAGACCUGGAGCACUUCAUGCUGGUGCGGAGGGGAGAUGUGGAUGAGUUCAAGAAGCUCCGUGAGAACAUGCUGGACAAAGGGAUCAAAGUGAUCUCCUACGGAGACGAAUACACUGACCUGCCUGAGUACUUCGAGCGGCUGGCGAGCGAGAUCGCUAUGCGGGGCAGGACAGGUGUGCCUAAGGAGGGGCAGCAGCAGCUGAAUGGCUCCGCGGGUGCCCACACCGAGGUGAAAGGAUGCAGCACCUGAGCCUCAGCCCUGCCCCAGGACCUACUGCCCCAGGACCUGAGCCAUGGUGGGUGCUCCCGGGAUGGGCCGGAGCCAGGCCGGCAGCCCGUGGGGAGGCCAGAGCACACCCUGUCCAGUGCUGCCCACGCCCUGAGCUGGACCCUUCCAGCAGGAACCAGGGCAGAGCCUCCUCGGAUGGACCUGGAUUAACAUAGCAAUCGUGGUUUUACGGAGGCUGCCUGUGCCUGGGGAGUGUGGUGCCCCCGGGGGAGCUGCAGCCUCCUCUAAUUUCAUACCUAGUGCUUUUAUAUUCUGUAUUUCAAUUAAAAAAUGAAACUUGAGCUUUUUUUUUUUACUGGAAGCUCUAGUUUUCUAGUCCUGUCUUUUUACUGUACAGUAUUUUGUAUGUUGUAUUAAAGGCCUGCUCACUG